AUCAAUUUUUAAUGACACAGGCGACUUGAAAUAGUCCAGGUCAGGAGUUCGUUAAGAGACCUGCAAAUGCAAGAGUUUCUCAUUCUGUGAGAGGGAAGAAAGGAAUGACAUUUUGCUUGGAAGGCUAAUGAUUUUGGUUCUUGAAGCUUGAAGCAGUGUUAAGAAACGUGUAAAGUAAAGUUGUAACAUAUACAGAGAGAGGAGGCCUAGUCUGCUGAUACCUAAAGCAUAAUUUGAUUGGGGGGGAUGAACAUAAUUUACAACUGUUUUAAGAUAUUAGAGAAGGAAUAACUUGAAAUUAUUUACAUCACUAUGGAUGGAGAUCAGAAGGAAACAAAAGAAUGUAUUAAAAAUGAUAGAAAACAACAUAUGGAAGAGGAAAGAUGUCUAGGAGGUCCAAGAUUUUGCCCUCCCCUUUACAUACAAAGAUAUGGCUUUGUUAGAAAGAUUCUUGAUCAGCACAAAAUCAAAAGUGUGGUAGACUUUGGCUGUGCAGAAUGUAAAAUUCUAACGCUGAUGAAAGCGGUUGAAAGUCUAGAGACUAUAUCAUUGGUUGAUAUCAAUGAAAACUUGUUGAGAAGUUGUCAGAAUGUUAUUCGACCCAAACUUGAUGAAUUUCUUCAUCGUCGUAGCAACCCACUUCGUAUACAACUGUUAGCAGGAAGUGCAGCCAUGUUGGAUGGGAGAUUGAUUGAUGUGGAAGCUGUCACACUAAUUGAAAUAAUUGAACAUUUAACAGAUGAUGUUCUAGAGGGAGUUACAGUUAACAUAUUUCAAAAUAUUCAUCCACUGUUAAUUAUUGUGACAACACCAAAUUCAGACUUUAAUGUUUUAUUUCCUGGUUUUGAAGGGUUUCGCCAUUGGGAUCAUAAAUUUGAAUGGUCAAGAUGUCAGUUUGAAACAUGGUGUAAUGAAAUAUGCAAGAAGUAUGGUUACAAAGUUGAUAUUACUGGAAUUGGAGAUCCUCCGGAUGAUUUCCAUUCUGUUGGUUAUUGUUCACAGGUCGCCAUCUUUACUGUUGCUUUGACAACACCUUCAGAAAAAAAACAGAAAUCUUUACAACUUUGUUAUAAAAUGAUUUCAGAAAUCGACUACCCAUAUAAAGAGAAGAAAUUAACUGUUGAAGAGGAACUGGAUAUUGAAGUCAAGUAUUAUGUCAGACAACAGUGUUUACAAGCCUUGAAGGACCAGGCUGAAGAUUCUAUAGUUAUAUCUGCUGAUGAAUUAUUAAAGAUUAAAAAAGUUGGAACCCUGUUUAGCCCAAAUCAAAUAAGAGAUUAUUUAGAAAGGAAUUAUAAUUUGACAGAGAAUGCAUGUAAUAUAACAGUUGACUUAAAACAGUUCAUCUGUGUUGAUGAUGAUGAUGAUGAUAAUGAUUUUGAUGAUGAAGUGAAUGCUGAUGUAGAAGGUAUCUGUGAACAAGAAGAAGAUGACUGGGAUUAAUCUUUUGUUAAAGACAGAUGUAGCAUUAUCAGAGACUACCUCACUCAUCAGAUUACCUUUUCUAUGAAAUGUCAUCACUAGACGGCUGGUCUCCUGUCUGUUCAUAACGUUAUUAGGGUUUCACACUGCGUAGCUUGUGUGAAACACUAUUGUUUUUGUUAAAAUUAUUCUUAUUAUUAUUAGGGUUUCACAGGUAGCCAGUGUGAAACACUAUUGUUUUUGUUAAGAUUAUUAUUCUUCUGAUUAUUAUUUUUUUUUUUUUCCACUUGAGCAUAUCUCAGAAACUAUUUGUCGGAUCAACUCAAUGUCUUCGGUUAUACUGAGAAAGUGUGUGUGACUUAGAGAUUAAAGCUAUUUCGAACUUUCUGUGACAAUGCGAAAUGUCCGAAAUCACCGAAGUUGUUGUUUUUUGAAAUAUUGCCGUAAUAUUAACAAUAAUUGUCGGAUUUUAACAUUUGAUACAUUUUGACAUAGCCCGAGACAUAGCUACGAUUGUUUAGAUUUUUGAUUUUCGAUUAAUCUUCGAAGAUAUUAGGUGCCAAAUUUUGAAAAUUUAAAUUUUGACAAAAAACUUUUUUAUUUAUUAAUAUUUUUUUAUGGCACUCUACCUAUAAUUAAAGGGUCAUGUAAUUUGAGCAAAAAUAUGAAAAAAUUUUGUAUCGAUAAUUCACCUUGGCCGCUAUUGGCUAAUUCAGUUAAUGGGUUCUAGGUUAAUUAUUUAUUGCUCGAUUUGUAUAAAACAAAGUUCAUAUGCUCAAUGGUGCAAAGUCUCAACUUUUUUAUUACCAAUAAAGCUUUCUGUCAGCAGCGGAAAUGACGUAAUUUUGACCAAAACUACAAUUUUGGCGGUUAGGUACGUCUUUUGGAAAGCAAAUAUUAUUUUUUUAAAAUAAGUAAAAAGAAAGAAGUUGCGCCAUGUAAAGGGGCAAAAAAUGUCGGAAGCCGUUUUUUUAAUUUCGAUUUCAUUUUUGCGCCAUUUCGGUUUAAAGGUAAAAAACAAUGUAAAAUUGAGCUAUUUACAACCCAUUCAGGCAUUUCAUAUUUUAAAAUAUUUCUUUUUGACUUUCAUAAACUUGUAGCAUUAAUUCAUACGAAGAGAAUCUAUCUCAAAAUUAGUUUGUAAUAUGAGCAGUUGCCGAGAAAUGGUCAAUUUUGCAAGUGUCACUUUUUACGCUAUUUUGCCUGUAAAAGAGUCAAUUAUUAUUGGAUUAUCAUAAAAGUGAUACCAUUUGAUGCGUAAUGUCAAUUCAAUAUCAUCGGAAAUGACGUAAUUUGGGCAAAAACUAUAUUUAUAGCUUUCGAAACAAAUAAUUUAUUCAGGUGAGUCGUAUUUGUUAUUUAUUUAAAAUUUGGAUAUUUGAUUCCAAUCAACUAAUAGAAUGAACCCAUGGGAUCAUAUAGAUAUCAUAAAAUGGUUUCUAACUUGUUCAGUUGCGGAGAAAUAGGCGAUUUUCAACAGGUCACUUUUCAAGGUUUUUGGUCCAUAAAAGUGUCAAUUAUUAUUCGAUUUUCAUAAAAAAUUUCACUGUGUGAUACCUAAUGCCAUUUACGAUUUCAUACAAGUAAUUUAAGAAUUUCAUUAUCACCGGAAGUAACGUCAUUUUGGCAAAAACUGUAUUUUUAGCCUUCAAAACAGAUAUUUUAUUCAAA